GAUAAACUGUAUUAUUAAGGAAUUAUGAAUUUGGCCAAAAAACAUUUUUACGAAGUCACUUUUGAUGAACUGUUGUCUGUUGGGAUAACAUAAAUUAUAAUUGAUGCUCACAAGUCACAAUUAUCUUGAAAAGUCAAAUUUGAAUAUUAUUAUAUUAUUAUUAUUAUUUUUAUUGUUAUUAUUAUUAUUACUAUUUGGAUUUCAACGUUUGGAUGAGUAAAAUAAGUUAAAAUAUUGUUCUAAUUUAUCAAGGGCGUAAAAAAAUACUAAAUACAACCUUGCAAUAUACUUACUGUUUUAUUAUACCUAUAAAAAACCAAUUUAUAUUCAAUAAUCCUGCUUUGAUUACCAAAAUCCAAUUAUUUUUGUGGGAUGGUUUUUUUUUAAUAUUAUCGGGAGAUAUAGCAAAAGCUUAUCAAACCAAUUGAAAUAAUAAUAAUAGCAAUAACAAUAUUCGUAAUAAUAAUAACAAAAAUACAUUUUCACCCAUAGACUAUAAAAACGCGUCUCAUUGUUGGCAAAUACACGAACACCAUGGACGUGGUGGCUAAGACUUACAAAAGUGGAGGUGUGUGGGCAUUCUUCAAAGGUUUCUGGCCCAGUACGCUAAGCAUUUUCUUGUUCGCCGGAAUUGAUCUUAUGACUUACGAGCACAUCAAAGAAAAUGAUUCCCAUUUCCACGAGAAGUACGACUACCCGAGGUGGUUCGUUAGCUUUUACUCAGCGGUUAUCUCGAACGCCGUGGGCGUAGUGAUAUGUUAUCCGAUAUCUACGAUCAUCACAAGACUCCAAGUCGACGACGGACGGUCGAACGGAACAGCGGUCCAGUCGGAAAACUGGGACCGGCGGCGGCCGUUCUCGGCCAGGAACUUCCGCAGCGGCCUACUCCUUUACAGAGGCAUCACCGGCAGUCUCGUGAAAAUUUUGCCCUGCUCGUCCAUUGGCUACGUGGUCUACGAAGAGCUGUGCAAGUCGUUGGGCGUGCGAAUGACGUGAAACUUAUUGACAUUUCUCGAUACGGGAUAAGAAUGACACCACACGCACUCAUUGCACGGCAUUCUCACGUCUCCGCCAACGUUUUUACACGCAUUCGUCGUAUACAUUAUUUCGAAUCCAUAUACGAUACAAUGAACAGUGUAUAAUGUCAUUAUACUCAUUAUAGUAGGUGACUAUUAUAAUAUACUAUCUACACUGUGUACAUGAUCACGGCACACAAUCACACAUACUAUGGUAUACAGUGGGUGAUUCCAUUAACGAUAAACACUCAUUACUUCAAAAAGUAUAAAUGGUUUUGAAGAAAAAAUAAUGUUUACAUGGCUUCUAUAGAAAACAACAUUUUUUAUAUUUUUUAUGCUUUUACUUUUCCGAACGACAACAUACAGUUUUAAUUUCAUAUUCCAAAGGAGAAUAUUUUUCCAAGUAUUUCGACACAUAAAAAAUCGGAUUUAGGAUAAGUGGUUUAUUAAUUAUGAGUGUUUAAAGUUUCGAUGAGCGGAGAGGAGUGGUACCCGGUUACACCGCGAAAUGUUGGUCUACGAAUAGGUACUCACCUAAACUUUCAACAUUUAUAAACUCAUAGAACACUAAUUAUCCUAAAUUCGAUUUUCAUGUAUCGAAAUACUCAGAAAAAUAUACCGCUUUCGAAUAUCAAAU